GUCUAAGUGCAACGUCGGGAGAGACUCGACGUUACGCGACAAUUAAAUCUGCGCGGUUAACAGAUCAAUUCCUAACUGCACGUCUUCUUCCCCUCGCAAUUGGAGCUUUUCGUGCUUUCGAUCGAUGCUCGUUUCUACCGCUGCAGAUUAAUUAAUGCUUGAAUUCUUAUCUCUUUCUAAUUUGCGAAGCUAGACGAAGAUGUAAAGUGAGUUGGACCGAGAUUAAAGUUGAUCUGCGUUGGUAGAAACAAGUUGGUAGAACAAGUCUGUAACGAACGACGUCUCGCAGUGGAGGAUGUCAUUCGUUGCAUUCUUUAAGGACCUCGAGACCGAGAAGGAAAUGUUGAUGGCGAGCAACAGAUCUCUGGCCGAGUUCAAUCUGGCCAAGCAGCCCGAAUUGGAAGAUGACAAACGGGCCCUGAAGGAGCUGAGCGAACAGGCGAACCAGCUGUGCACCAGCGUCAGGAGUAAAAUAGAAGAGAUGCGCGACAAAUCUGGCACAAUGACCGUCGAUACCGCGCUGGACCUGCUGCAAGCGGCUGCCGCCGAGAUUGAAGAGGAAUCCGAGGGCCUGGCAGAGAAGUUCCUGGCCGGUGACAUCGAAGUGGACGAGUUCCUGGAUCAGUUCUUGUCGCGGAGGAAACUGAUGCAUUUGCGCAAAGUGAAAGUGGACAAACUGCGCGAGCUGAUGAGGAAAGGGCACUCGAACAGCACCCCCGGCUAUCCGAUCGCCUCGAAUUUCCCCGGAAUGACGCCCUCCAUACCGUAUCCUACCGGGCCAGUAGCUAUGCCGAUGCCGUUGCCGGGGAUGCCAGUUUAUAGACCGUAUUGAAAAGGGUUGCAAGUUUAUUCGUCUGCGAAAAGUUUCCUCGAGCGCGGCCUCGAGGUACCCGACAUUGAGCCCCCUUACGUAUCACGCACACGCCUCUUUGCACAUUAAUUUUUCACUAUUUUUAUAUUAGACGCGUUGCGCAAUAUACGAGCUAUAUGUUAUUUACCUGAAUCUAUCGUUAUACAUAUAUAUAUACACCUAUCGAUAGUAGGCAAUGCUUCAGAACGCCGGUAUCUCUGAAAUGUUACCUAUACUCCGCUUGUAAAAUAUACAGUCUGUCUAUAUCGACACGCACGAGCGCAAUCAACGCGGCAGGUGCGUGCUGCUGAGAACAAUCUCUAUCGCGAUACGUAGUUUUCUCUUUCUUUCAAGGAGCAUAUGAAAAGAUCGUCGUUUCUCAUCACGAUCUAUUUUAAUCUCGUUCUUACUCUUGCUAAUAGACAUAAACGAUAAGCGGGCAUGAACUUUGUACAUUCGUCAUGCGCGAACGUAUAUACAAAUUUGUACUAUUCAAAUAGAUAAAUGUAGACUAA